CCUCCCCCCUUAACAUAGAUACCUUCUUUUCGAUAAGACUCGGCGACUUUGUAUUCCGUAACCGUCGCUGUGCCCGCUCUUUAGAUAUGAACGCCUUAUAAUUUGCUCCAAAGGAAAACCACCGUCAAAGAUCCCAGCAUUUACAUACGGUCAACCUCGGCGCCACACCACGCCGCAUCCAACAUGGCUUCCGUCCAGGCUCCUCCUGCUGUCCAGCAUCCAGGCUCGUCGGUUCUGUCGGCGCAGACGAGCCAGGCCCAGGUGCAGGAGAUGUACAUGAAAUUCCAGCAGAUGAAGCAGCAGGGCGUCCCGCAGACCGAUCCAGAAUUCGUCAAAACAAGCCAAUUCCUCGUCAACUUCCAACAGCUCCAGCGCAAGCAACAGCAGUAUAAGCAGCAGAUGCAGGCCGCUCAGAUCCCGCACAAUACGGCUAACGGCGGCGUCAAUGGGAACGUGUCGGGUCCGCAGUCUCUGCAACCUGCCUCUGCCACCACCCAACCGCCGGCCUCUGCUGCGCUGGGAACCUCCGCGAUGCCCUCCACUACCUCGGGUCCGACGGCCCAGCCAACUACGUCGUCGCCGUCGACAGCUUCGCCCAUUACUCAGUUUUCCACCCAACAGCUUAGUCUCUUGAGACAGCAGAUACAGGCGUUCAAGCUUCUCGGCCGCAAUGCUGGAGUGCCCUAUCAGGUGCAACAAGCGCUCAACGCGCAGCGUCAGCGACGGCAAGCCAUUGCCGAACAAGCGACUCAGCCUCCGGCUUCUGCUGGAGCCGCAGCCGCCGCGCCGGCGCCCGAAGCUGCGAAGGCUGACUCGGCCCCUCCCGAGGGCGAUGUUGAGCCUGAGGAGGAUUCAGAGCCGAAGGGCCGAACCUUCAAGACGAUCAAGUCGCCUUAUGAAGGCGGCCUGGUCCGCAAAGACAUCAGCUACUACGACCACGCGCAGCGAAAGCAGCGCCUCAUCAUCCCCAGCAUUUUCCCCACCGGUGUCGACUUCGAGCAGUUGCGGCACGAGCGAGAGAUCAUCAUCUUCAACCGUAUGAAGGCUCGUUACGCGGAGCUGAAGGCGUUGCCGGGCAAUACUGCACAUUGGGACACCACCAAGGAGACGCUCGACCCCGACGACACCCUGAAGCGGAAGGCCAUUAUAGAGUUGAAGUCUCUCGGAUUGUACGCCAAACAGCGCGCUCUCCGCGAGAAGAUUGGCCGGCAGAUGAUGCAUUACGACAAUCUCGCAAUGACAACAAACCGCAGCCAGUACCGCCGAACCAAGAAACAGAGCGUGCGCGAGGCUCGCAUCACCGAGAAACUCGAGAAGCAGCAGCGGGAUGCUCGCGAGAGCCGCGAGAAGAAGAAGCACACCGACUUCCUCCAAUCUGUACAGCAUCACAAGUUUGAAAUCUUGAACUCGGCGCAAUCCGCUAGGGGAAGGCAGUUGAAGGGCGGCAGGUCAAUGUACUCGCAUCACUUUAACAUAGAGAAAGAGGAACAGAAGCGCAUCGAACGGACUGCCAAGCAACGUCUCCAAGCUCUCAAGGCCAACGAUGAAGAGGCUUACCUCAAGCUGCUGGAUCAGGCAAAGGAUACUCGUAUCACACACCUGCUCAAGCAAACCGACGGCUUCUUGCACCAGCUUGCCUCCUCCGUCAAGGCGCAGCAGCGCCAGGCCGCGGAGCGCUACGGCGACGAGAGCGGCGAAUUUGUGCAAGAGGAAGAGAGCGAGAUAGACGAAGAAGACGACGAGGCCGGUCGCAAGAUCGAUUACUACGCCGUCGCCCACCGCAUCAAGGAGGAGGUCACGGAGCAGGCCCACAUGCUUGUUGGCGGCAGCCUGAAAGAAUACCAACUGAAGGGUUUGCAGUGGAUGCUUUCGCUUUAUAACAACAAUCUGAACGGAAUUCUCGCCGAUGAGAUGGGUCUCGGCAAGACGAUCCAGACUAUCAGCUUGAUCACGUACCUCAUCGAGCGCAAGCUCCAGCAGGGGCCAUACUUGGUCAUAGUACCCCUAAGUACUCUGACCAACUGGAACCUCGAGUUCGAGAAGUGGGCCCCGUCCGUCAGCCGUAUUGUUUAUAAAGGACCGCCCAACGCGCGAAAGCAGCAGCAGGAGAAGAUCCGGCAAGGGAAGUUCCAGGUGCUGCUGACAACCUACGAGUACAUCAUCAAGGAUCGCCCGAUUCUGAGCAAGAUUAAGUGGUUCCACAUGAUCAUCGACGAGGGACACCGCAUGAAGAACACCAACUCGAAGCUGAGCGCGACCAUUUCCCAGUACUACAGCACCCGGUUCCGUCUCAUCCUUACCGGCACUCCUCUGCAGAACAACCUGGGCGAGCUGUGGGCCAUGCUUAACUUUGUGCUUCCGAACAUCUUCAAGUCGGUCAAGACGUUCGAUGAAUGGUUCAACACGCCGUUCGCAAAUACCGGCGGCCAAGACAAGAUGGAGCUUAACGAAGAAGAGCAGAUUCUCGUUAUUCGCCGUCUUCACAAGGUGUUGCGACCAUUCCUCCUCCGUCGUCUGAAGAAGGAUGUCGAGAAGGACCUGCCAGACAAGACGGAGAAGGUCAUCAAAUGCAAGUUCUCCGCGCUUCAGAGCCGCCUAUACAAGCAGAUGGUCACCCACCAGAAGAUUACCGUUAGCGACGGGAAGGGUGGUAAGACGGGCGCUCGUGGUCUGAGCAACAUGAUCAUGCAGCUUCGAAAACUUUGCAAUCAUCCCUUCGUGUUCGACGAAGUAGAGAACCAGAUGAACCCUACGAACACCAGCAACGACCUCCUGUGGCGAACGGCGGGCAAGUUCGAGCUCUUGGAUCGGAUCCUGCCCAAGUACAGAGCCACUGGGCAUCGUGUUUUGAUGUUCUUCCAGAUGACCGCCAUCAUGGACAUCAUGGAAGACUUCCUCCGAUUCAGGGGGAUCCAGUAUCUGCGCCUAGACGGUACGACGAAGUCAGAGGACCGGUCUGACCUCCUCAAGACUUUUAAUGCUCCUAAUUCGCCUUACUUCAUGUUCUUGCUUUCCACUCGCGCCGGCGGUCUCGGUCUCAACCUGCAAACCGCAGAUACAGUCAUCAUUUACGACUCGGACUGGAAUCCUCAUCAGGAUCUGCAAGCCCAGGAUCGUGCCCAUCGUAUCGGCCAGAAGAACGAAGUGCGUAUUCUACGACUCAUCAGUUCGAACUCGGUCGAAGAGAAGAUUCUUGAGCGGGCAAGGUUCAAGCUUGACAUGGACGGCAAAGUUAUCCAGGCUGGUCGAUUUGACAACAAAUCCUCGGAGACGGACCGUGAUGCCAUGCUUCGGACCCUGCUAGAGUCCGCCGAUAUGGCGGAAUCGGGCGAGCAGGAAGAGAUGGAUGACGAGGAGUUGAAUAUGAUACUGGCCCGAAAUGAGGACGAAGUCGUCGUAUUCCAAAAGCUUGAUGAGGAUCGUGCAAAGGAUCACCUGUACGGCACUGGCCCAGGGUCGAAGCGCAUCCCGCGGCUCAUGGCCGAAGAUGAGCUUCCGGACAUUUACCUUAGUGAGGGCAAUCCGGUUGGUGAAGAACAAGAAGAGAUCCUCGGCCGCGGCGCUCGCGAGCGUACCCGUGUUAAGUACGAUGACGGUCUAACCGAGGAGCAAUGGCUCAUGGCUGUGGACGACGACGAGGACUCACCAGAGGCCGCCGCGGCACGAAAACAAGCGCGAAAGGACAAGCGAGAAUCGAACAAACUCAAGCGUCUCGCGGUACUAAACGCAUCGGGCGCCAACUCUCCGAGUGCGAGCCGCGCAAGUACUGAAGAGGUCGAGACGCCACCCAAGAAGCGCGGCCGCAAGCCUGGUACCAAGAAUGAGAAGCGGAAAGCCGAAGACGACGAUGCCGAGCCCCCUGCCAAGAAGCGACGGGGUCCUCUAGGGCGGCCUAAGGCAUCGGUGGGCGCGGCUAGCGAUUCGCGUCUUAGCUCGGAGUUGCGACAGGUUCUCCAGAAGAGCCUGCGUAAUAUCUUCGACGGAUUGAUGGGUCUCGAAGCGGACAUCCCACCCGAGGAACAGGUUGAGGACGACGAGGACGAGGAACCUGCCAAGCGCCUGAUCAUCGGGCCCUUCAUCAAGCUGCCGUCCAAACGUGAUUACGGCGACUAUUACGUUCUCAUUCAGAACCCCAUCUGCAUGAACCAGAUACAAGCCAAGAUCAAGAAGGAGGAGUAUAAUAGCAUCAACGACAUGCGCAAGGACAUCGUUUUGAUGUGCAACAAUUGCAGAACCUACAACGAGGACGGAAGUCUUCUCUACUCCGACGCAAUUAAUAUGGAGAAAUUCUUCAACGACCAAGCGCAGGACGAGAUCAACAAGCACCCGGAACUGGGGGAUCUCGAAGACGUCUCAGUGAAAGACAGCUCAGUCGCCCCGACCACCAGCGCCGGAACACCGCAGCCGUCUGCGAGCACGACGAGGAUAAAGCUCGUGACCAACGGCGUCAGCCAAGGGAACGGAAACUCGGGUGGGGGCGGUGCCCAGAGUGAUGGCGAGCCAUGAGUUCUUCCCAGCAUCGCCUUGUCGGGCUUGCCGACGGGCCCCUCCUUUCCUUUCUCGCGGCAGUAAUUAUUUCCACGACUUGAUCGCAACAUGUUAUUUUACGAACAGGGUAUGCCUGGGAUCAGGCGGUUCUCCCUGCGUGGGCGGGGCGUACAGGCGGCGUCAAUCCAUUUUCUGACCAUUUGAAUUUUUUUUUCUAGAGAAAAACUGGUAACGGAGGAAAGAGGAAACGAAGGGCAUGUCAUUACAGAUCGACAAAGGUAUCCGGCGAGGCAAGCCGAUAAAAAAAAUACCCAGGGUUUGUUGCCUCGUUGCGUAUCG